GGGGAAGGAGGGAGAGAUGUAGUCACGCAAACUUCUCUUGAUAUUAGAUGUGACAAAGCUAUGACCAGAGGACAGAAGCACAGAGGGGAACUUCCUCUUUCCCUUGAUAUCCCACUGCUCGUUGAGAGAGCACCCUCUGCUGUACGGAGUGAACACUGCAGGUGGGGCCACCAUCUCAGUUUGGCUCUCUUUAAAGUCUGUCAUGCGUUUUCCAUCUCUGUUGGAGCAGAAUGAGACAAAGGAGGAGGACAGAGGGACGAAGGCUCUUUCUGAGGAAGAGGUACGAGCCAGGAUAGAGGAGUAUAAUGCUCAAAUCUCCGAGAAUGUCAUGAAGCUGGCUGACAAUGGCUCAUAUACAGGCUUCAUCAAAGUCCACCUGAGGCUGAGUCGACCAGUCACAGUACCCACUCUGGAAGAGGGUCAGCAGGGAGCGGGAUCAAGGCUGAGUGACAAGCGGACAUCUUUCUACCUGCCAUGUGACUGCGUGAAGCAGCUGCACAUCAGCUCUACGAACACAGUCAGGGAGGUCAUCCAGGGCCUUCUGAAGAAGUUCAUGGUGUUGGAUAACCCUCGCAAGUUCGCCCUGUACAGACAGACACACCGAGACGGACAGGAUCUGUUCCAGAAGCUUCCUGUGUGUGAGCGUCCUUUGUCUCUGAGGCUCAUUGCAGGUCCAGACCCUGACAAGCUGACCUUCAUCCUCAAGGAGAACGAGACUGGAGAGGUGGAGUGGCACGCUUUCUCAGUUCCUGAGCUGCAGAACUUCCUGGUUAUCCUGGAGAAGGAGGAGACUGAGCGUGUUCGGGUGGUGGAGCAGAAAUACUCUGUGUAUCGACAGAAACUACAGCAGGCGCUACGGCAACACAACCCCUAACCCCUCACCUAUGACCUUAAAACUUCAACCCAGGGAGUUACUGACCCACCUUUCUAUCCACGUUUCUACCCCCACCACCACUUCCCACCUCUUACCCCACCCUUCCAAACCCAUCCCUUUCCAGCCCAGUCAAUGACUUAACACUGACUCCCCCCCCCCCCCCCCAUGGAGAGGAGAGGGGAAGAUGGCUUGAGAGAGGAAGUAAGCUAUGGUGUGUGUCCGGUGAGAUUAAAGGCACAGUGAUGAACUCUUAGUCCGAUGGCUUGAUCUUCUGUGAUGAUGUUUCUUAAGGUUUCUGCUGCUGCUGCUGCUACUGCAAGUGUUACUUAAGCAUGAGUCUUACCCUUUGUACUCCCACUCUCCUGCACAUAUUCUGGGGUAAAUGGAUGGCAUCAUCUUGAACACGCUUAUUAAAAUGUUGAUUUUCAUAGAUGCUUAUGACACAACCUCUUAUGUCCCCUGCAUGCCUUACUGUCUGUCUGGGGUUGGGGGUCAGGAUUUUAUUUUGUGUUUAACAUACAACAGUAGUCUAUUCAGAUACUAUUAUACUGAGACUAUAGGCUCAGGAGAAAUCAGGAGCAUGAUGGCCAACAAUAUUUACAGCACAGUUGUACCCACUGUAAUCUCAUAUCUCUGGUAACGCACUGAAAUAUCAAUGCUGUUUUAGUCAGGCUCCCUCCCCCUACCUGUGAUCUGGGUCAACUUGUGUAGGAGCAUUAACUCGCAUCAUAGAUGCCCUGUGUAUAUCUGACGACAGUCUCCUAGUUCCAGACAUUGGCAAACUAUUCUGUAAACCAUCUACAAAUGUCCCUUUGCAUGAAACGGCUGCCUUUACUGUGAAUCCACUCUCCAUCUUUAACUCUAAUCCUGUUGACUGUUGACCCCUAACUAACACCUACCCCAUUCUUUCUGGAGUUCUCUAACUGGUGUGGUCCUAGGCAUGGUCACCGGUCCAUGCCCAUCAAAUGUUUGAAGCCUGCUAUUGUGUAGAAAACAUUAACCUGACUGUUAGGAGACUCAGUUUAACAAAAGCAACCAAGGGGCGUGUGGUGUACAUUUGUAAGCAUGAAUCUGUAGCCCAGGAUUCAGCACAUACUGUACCCUUAUAGUAUCUUUUUCAGAACUAGACUGAGUUGUUGCUAUUUGAAUGUGAAAGACUUAAGAGGGAUGUGAAAGGGAUUUUACCAAAGCUCACAGGGACUGGAGAGAUGUCUGAUUGGAAAAAUCAUGUUUUGUACAGUAAACCAACUUCUGUUUUGCACAUAUGGAUGUAGGCCAUGGUUUGGGCCACACCUCAGAAUUUUUUUUAAUUAAUCAACAAACUCAAUUAUAACGAACCAAUGACUUAAUUUUUGUGUGAAAGAUCUACUGUAUGUGUGUGUGUGUGUGUGUAUGUGUAUAUAUAUAUAUAUAUAUAUAUGAUGAAAUGAAGGGGAUGGAUUGGUUUGUGUAAAUACAGUGUGUAGGUGAGUGUCUGUCUCUCUCAGAAUCCUGGAUCCCUCAGUGGCCCUUACUGUCACUCCUUCACCCCAGCCCCUCGGCCCAGCCCCUCUGCUCAGCCCCUCUGCCCAGCCCCUCUGCUCAGCCCCUCUGCUCAGCCCCUCUGCCCAGCCCCUCUGCUCAGCCCCUCGGCCCAGCCCCUCUGCUCAGCCCCUCUGCUCAGCCCCUCUGCCCAGCCCCAACAAUCACUGUCCAUGCUUUUUCUCCUGGCAGUGCCUUUUGUUCCAUGUAGCUGUGUAUGUGUGUGUGUUUUUGGGGGUUUAUAUCCAAGUCCAUUGAGAAUUCAAGAGGAGUGUGUGUGUAUGUGUCUUUGUCUGUGUGUUAUUUAUUUCACUGUUCACCCCCUUGGCAAGGCAAAAUGUCUAGGAUGUGAAUACUUAAAAGCUUUCCAGCAAUCUUUUAUUUCUUAUUUUACAGAGAAUUUGAUGUGUAUAAAGAAAUAUGUAAAACUAUAAACAGAUUUGAAGAAUUAAAUUAAAAUGUCAUCCCUUCACAAUA